GGUGCUAUUUCCGAAUAGGACAUAAACAUAGGAAGAAUAUUCGGAACGAACUGGGUCAAUUUAAAAAAAUAAAAUAAAAUAAAAGCCAUGUAUAUGUUUGUUUAUUGCUGGCCAUGACAAUUUAGCUCAUUGUAUUUCUUUCAUCUUCGUUUUGAAAUAAAUGUAAAUUGGUGUACAUUAAACCCAGAGCAAUGAACGGGAGUUGUAACCCGUUGAUGGAUAAAGAGGAACAUGUUUUGAAGCUGGGGGAGAGUUUUGAAAAGCCGCCCAAAUCGUCUUUUCACACCAUCCGAUAUGAUUUUAAACCAGCAUCUAUUGACACAACAUGUGAAGGGGAGCUUCAAGUGGGUAAAGGGGAUGAAGUGACAAUCACAUUACCCCACAUUCUGGGCUCUACACCACCUAUGACUGUGUUCAAAGGUAACAAAAGACCCUAUCAGAAAGACUGUGUGCUUAUCAUUAACCACGACACUGGAGACUUUGUGCUGGAGAAACUCUGCAGCAGUAUACAAGUAAAGAAAACCAGAGCUGAAGGCAGCAGUAAAAUUCAGGCCCGGAUAGAACAGCAGUCAGUCCGGGCAACGCAACCUCCACCACAGUUCAGAGCCCCAACCAAGCCUGGUGCAGGAACAAAAACAUCCCCCUCCAAGGACAACCCGUCACCUGAACCACAGUUAGAUGACAUUAAGAGAGAGCUGCGUGCUGAGGUGGAGGUCAUUGAACAGAUGAGCAGCAGCAGUGGCAGCAGCAGCAGUUCCUCAGACUCGGGGAGCUCCUCCGGCACCGAGGACGACAGCUCCAGCAGUGACGAAGAAGAGGAGGCCCACCCCUCCCCAACACACCAUCAGCAAUACAGCAGCAGAAACCCCGCCUCCAAUGGCACCAGCCAACCACAAGGCAGCAACCAGCUCAUGAGCACUCUGAGAAAUGACUUACAGCUGAGUGAAUCUGGAAGCGACAGAUUCCUGAAAGACGUUAUCACCCGAAAUCUGUGA